UGCUUCGAGAUUUAUCUCGGUCUCUCAUUUCCAUCCCUGCGACUAUCCGCCUGCUAUUUCUUGGCGUCCAAGAAAAGAAGGGCACGCGAUUCCUUCCCUCUUCCAUGUGAAAGAGGCAACGACUGCGAUCGCCUCGAUCAAGAUCAGAGAAGAGCAAGGAGCGGGGAGCGGAGCAACGAAUCCAUGUCUUGGUACUACUUCAGAAGCAGAAAUCACAACAGAGACGGUGGGGCAUGGGGCCGGAUGACAAGGGGGAUGCUGCCACUGCUUGCGCUGCAAGUGGCGUCCGAGUUCCACCGCCUCGGCCACAAGCCCCCAGUCACCGCCGGCCUCCUACUCGCCAACACCAUUGUCUACGUCCGUCCCUCGUUCCUCGACCGCCUGCUCCCUACUUUACAUGAAGUCUCCUUCAAUCCCCAUUUCAUCAUAAAGUAUGGUGAUCUGAAGCGUUUUUUCUUAUCACCAUUUUAUCAUCUGGAUGAUGCACAUCUCUUCUACAAUAUGACGUCUCUAUUGUGGAAGGGUAUCCAGCUCGAGACAUCAAUGGAUAGUAUGGAGUUUGUAUCCAUGGUUGCAAUAUUGCUUGGGAUGUCACAGGGCAUUACUUUACUUAUGGCUAGAGGUUUGCUUAUUUUCUUUGGCUAUGAGAGAGCAUACUACAAUGAGUUUUCUGUUGGGUUUUCUGGUGUUCUAUUUGCCCUGAAGGUCGUACUGAAUGCAUAUUCUGAUGAGUACACUUAUGUACAUAGUAUGGUAAUCCCAACACGGUAUGCUGCAUGGGCAGAAUUGAUCCUUAUCCAAGUUUUAGUACCAGGCGUGUCUUUUAUGGGUCACUUGGGUGGGAUAUUAGCUGGUCUUCUGUAUCUUAAACUGAGAAGUUCAUAUAGAGGGCUGGAUCCACUGUCUGCACUCAUAAGAAAAGCAUUUGGUGUUGUAAGCUGGCCUUUAAGGUUUGUCAAGAAUAUUUUCAACUUACAACGCCGUCGCAUAUCGGGUGGAGGAAGAGUUGGAAGCACACAACCAAGGUUCCAGUCUGGUGUUUGGAGAUGUGAUACAUGCACGUAUGAUAACUCAAUGCACGAUGAUGUAUGCGAGAUGUGCAGCACACCUCGUUGGGGCAAUGGAUUCCGCCAGGUCAGACAGUCAAAUCCAUCAAACAACAACCUAUCGGUAGAGGAGCUCCGUCUUCGCAGGCUUGAAAGAUUUGGUUGAUGAUUCAUAAUUUCUCACAACCGUAGGAGAAAUCCAGGUUGUGCUAUCCUAUUAGGUGAAUAGGCUUGUUUACAGGCCUUGGUACCUUGAUUGAGAUCCCAAGACAUUUUUUAGAUAUCAAUUUUUUGUCUUGUUUCCAAUUCAGAAGUAUAUAAAGAGUUCCUGACUUUAUAAAUGGAUAUAUUACACGAAAUAAUUUGAUGUGA